UUUCCCUAUCCUCAUCUAGUGAUGCUGGCACGCUGUCUGCUAUACCAUCAGCUGCAGCUACAUCGUCUCCACUCUCCAGAGUGCAGCCAGCAGAGCCCGGCAUCAUCGCUGAGCCUAUUUGAUGAUGAUCCAGAUGUUGAUUCGGAUGUCACCAUCAUCAUCGAUCCAAACAAGGUCACAGAUGUGACAGCAUUGUCGCAGAGCACGGGGGACGAUUCCCUACCACAGACCCAGGGAGACAAGCCUACCCUACGCUCAAACAUUUACACAGUCCCGCCGCGUAGGAAAAAGAAGACCAAAAUAGAGGUAGCUACAAAAGCCAUGACAAAUAUCCUGUGCGACCAACUACGCGAGAUGGAUUCAGAUUGGCAGAGUCAAGAGGAUGCAAGAGUGCAAAAAUUUAUGGACAAUGAACGUGAACUGCAGAGGAAUUUGCUAACGCAAAUGGUAGCUAUGCAGGAUAAGAUCAGCAGCGAGAACCGUGAAUUCCUAGGCCAGCUUGUUUCCAAAAUGACCUCUACACCACAAUUUACAAACACUCAUUCUGACCUACAAUCGCAUUCUCACACCACAUUUGGUCCAAAAACACGGUAUGCCCAGCAAGGCCAGUCUCCCCCAUCUUUUGGGCCUAUAUCCCAGUAUAUGCAACAAGCCCAGUCUCCACCAUAUUUUGGGCCUAGAUCCCAGUAUAUGCAGCAAGCCCAGUCUCCCACCACUUUUGGGGAUACUCACCAGUUUGCGCAGUAAGCCCAGUCUCCAACAUCCUUUAAUUCGACCUCGAAUACAUUGAAGAAUAGACCGAGAAGUCCAGAAUUUGGAGAUUCAUUAUCUAGUACAACUCCAGGGGAAUCUACUCCCAGCAAUAAACCACAGAACCAAAUUCUCUAAUGUAUACUGUGCACAUACAGUAAAUGUUUGUUCUAUGUUUAUUGGUUGGGUAUUGUGCCCAUAACUUUAAUUUUGUUUAAUGUUUUGUUUGUGAAAUACGUAUGUUUAAAAAAUUCAGGUAUUGCGCAUACGCUCAUAAUUAUGAGUACAUCAUACACAUUGGUCUUAUGAUUAUCUCGUUUGUAUUUUUCACUGCAAUACCGCAGCACUUUUUUUUUAUGUAGAACAGCGGUCUUCAACCAUUGCCCUGCAGCUGUUAUGGAACUACACUUCCCAGCAUUUUCUGCCACCGUUUAGCAUGGGCUACAAUCUAAAAUGUGGAUGGGCAUGCUGGGAACUGAAGUUCCAUAACAUCUGCAGGGCAAAGGUUUAAGACCCUUGUGAUACACCAUGCCCUUCGGCAAAACUACUUUUUUGCACUGCAGUACAGCAGCACUUUUAUGUUAUGGCUAAAGUGGGUGUAAUGCGCCUGUCAUUCCUAAAAAGUUUUUGUACUAUACCAUAUAUGUCCUCAUAAUUGGGAGGAUCUCAUUAAAGAUGCAAAAGAUGUGCACACACGUUUUACA